GCCAAUCCGAAAGAUAUAAGUUGUAGCAACGUGCUCAAGGGCACCGGCCGAACACAGAGGAGCGGAAGAAAGCACCUGGAGCAGCUACCUCGUGUCAAAGGGCUGUCAGAGAAGAAGUCCGUGUGUCUUGAAGGAAAAAAAGAUUGAAGCAGCAAUGGACCAGGCAAGGUCAACAAUAUCCAAAAUUUUCAACGGGGAGCCGCACUCCUACACCCGUUUCAACCUGACCCAGAACAUGGAAGGCGACAACAGCCAGGUGGAGAUGAAGUUGUCGUCCGACAUGGACGAGGAGGUUGGCGGCAACGGCGUGGGAGACCACCUCAAUCACAACUCCAACCGCAAGCCCCACGCCGCCGAACAGCUCGGCCGCAAACCAAAGAACCUCUGCUUCAUGGUCGCCGCCACCAUCCUCAUCUUCAUUAUCGGGUACUUGAUUGCCUACCUGGUUCAUGGUAAGAAGGUCGUGGCUCCCACCUGUCAGGCCUCUGUGGAUCCCGUAGCAGAACCCUUUGAGCGAGAGACCGGCGCCGCCCCCCUCAUGAACUGGGACGAUGUCAAAAAUCUCCUCGCUAAGAAACUUUCCGCAACCCAGUUUGAACCAGUCUUCAGGGAGUUUGAUGUUAACGACCACCGAGCUGGUUCCAAAGGGGACGAGUCGCUGGCCAACAAGGUGCUCGGCAAGUUCAAAGGUUACGGCAUGAACACCUGGACCGACGAGCACUUCAUCAAGGUUCAGGACCCACCGGCUUCUGGUUCCAACAGAUUUGUUUUCAAGGGACAGGAGGCGAGUCCAAAGGGAUUCCUGUCCUACAGUGCCAAUGGAACUGCUACGGGUGGCGUCUUGUAUGCAUACUACGGGGAGGAAAGUGACUUCCAGUUGCUGCGGGACAGGAGCAUCAAUCUGACCGGCCGGGUCAUGCUGAUCCGUGCAGGACGGAUCAGCUUUGCAGAGAAGGUAGCCAAUGCUGCCAAAAUGGGUGCCUCUGCUGUGCUGAUCUACCCGGACCCUGCUGAUUACUCUAUUGGAGACUCCACACCGCUCUUUGGCCAUGUCCACAUGGGUUCGGGGGAUCCCUACACCCCGGGCUUCCCCUCCUUCAACCACACCCAGUUCCCGCCUGUGAGGUCUUCAGGCCUGCCAAAGAUCUUGGCUCAGAGCAUCACAUCAGGCAUGGCUACCACCAUCCGGAGGCAGCUGGGGGGUCCGAGUGAACCUGGAUCAUGGGGUGGCAUCUACAAACUGGGAGAAGAAAAUGAUCUCAUUACUGUUGAGGUCAACAACGUGCUGGCAGAGAAAAAGAUCCAUAAUGUUUUUGGGGUCAUCAAAGGCUUUGUGGAUGCAGAUCGGUAUGUCGUAAUGGGCGCUCAGAGGGAUGCAUGGGGGGCCGGGUUUGCUACGUCGACCGUCGGCAGCAGCCUCCUCGUCGAGUUGGCCCGUUCCAUCUCUGAUAUGGUGAAGAAUGAUGGAUUCAAACCAAGGAGAAGCAUCGUUUUCGCCAGUUGGAGUGCUGGGGAAUAUGGGAGUGUUGGCGCCACCGAGUGGUUGGAGGGUUAUCUUUCCUCCCUGAGCAUGAAAGCCUUCUCCUACAUCAACCUGGACAGAGUUAUAAAAGGUUCAACGCGAUUUAAUGUGUCAGCGAGUCCCUUGAUGCAUGGCCUGGUCGAGAGCACUAUGAAGGUGAAGUAUCCAGACUCUGAGUCUGCGACACUCUACUCCCGAUUUGUGACGAGCAGCUUGGAGUUGAACGUGUUGGAGCCGUUUAAGUUGGAUGAUGCUGCUUAUCCGUUCCUUGCCUUCUCUGGAAUCCCCUCGGUCUCAUUUGGAUUCACCUCCGACUCAGACUACGCAUACUUUAACACAGAGCUGGACACCAGGGAUAAACUGAACGUGGCCACGGGCAAUCAGGUUCCUCAGCUCGCAGAACAAGCAGCUCGCUUCGCAGGUCACAUGGUGCUGAGGCUGGUCCAUGAUCAUCUGCUGCGUAUGGACGUGAAGAAGUACAACAAUAUUAUCCGCAACCAUGUUGUCCAGAUCAACAACAAAGUCUAUUCUGUUAGGAAGAUGCAGCCCGAGCUGUUGCCCAAGGCCCUGACGGUGCAGUGGUUAAUCUCGGCCUUCGGCUCCUACAGCCGCGCGGCCCAACGGCUGGAGACGGACAUGCAGAACAGUGACCUGGAGGACAUCGAGAUGUGUCGCAUCAUCAAUGACCGCAUAAUGACGGUGGAGAGGAACUUCCUGUCGCCCUACGUGUCUCCCAGAGACAGCCCGUUCCGCCACAUCAUGCUGGGCUCUGGCCCUCACACCCUCAGGGCUCUUUCCAACCACCUCGAUGGCCUCAAGAGCGGCCACCCCGAGUCGGACGCCGACCUAUUCCGCAACCAGCUGGCCUUGGCGACCUGGACGGUUCAGGGCUGCGCCAACUCACUAGCAGGGGACAUCUGGUCCUUAGAUAAUGAAAUCUAAAGUAAUUUCACGCCCUUGUUCAUGUGCGCUGUUAAACAACUAGCAGUCACGGAUGCAUAAUUAUACAAUUGACUGACUGGAAUUUAGAAUUUUAUGGUCAUCACCUUCAAAACCUGAGUGAUGAGUUCAUAGUCCUUUUUUUUUUUUUUAUUUGAAAAUCUCCAAAAAGCUGAACAUUAAUUCAGAAAGUCUGCUUCCACCUUAACAACAGUUUUAAUUGCAGAAAGAAAUUCCUCAUAUGUCUAAAUUUAAAAACAUUGUCUUUGGUGCUAGCAACGACUACAUUCGAAUGCCCAUGACCUCCAGCAGUACUUCUUGUAUUGGUGUUUCCUCAUGAGAGCGAUACAUUUAGUGACCUUGAGGUUUCUUCAGCACAGUUUAAUCGGGUCAUAACUACAGGGAAAUCAAAUGGUCAGUAUGGUGAGAUAAGAUGUGUUAGUGUUUACCUUAAUUACAGCGAAUCACAGCAUCUGGCAUUUCCACUGCUGAGGGCUCUGUGUUCAAACCAGAGCAGGUUAGUAUUGGUAGCUACAGUGUCACACAGCGCUGAAACCAUGCUCCUCAAUCUUUGGUCAGAGAUUCAUGAGUUGCUGAAGAUGUUAAGUUCUGUUGCCUAGAACACGUCUUGAAAUUGGACAAUGAGCUGUUGUUACGUCAUUCAUGCUUCAUUGAGCUUUCAGAAAAGUUCUGAAUAAUUACAAAUCUGAACUUUCUCAUCACCUAAAUGAGGGCAAACCUGUCAGCCUUUAAAAAAAUUAUAUAAAA